GGAACUUUAACGCUAGCUAGUUAACAAGAUGUGUUGACAAGCGACUCUCAAUGAAUUUUGCAAUUUAUAUGUAUAUAUGAACAUUUAACCUGUGCAACAGCCGUAUAGCUGGGCAGCCAUCCAUGGAGACUCCAGAGCCCGGCCCAGCAGAUGGAGAGGAGCGCUUGGUCGAGCUGCGACCUCGGACACGCUCCAACCCUGAAGGGGCUGAGGACCGCCGCAGCAGCACAGGCAGCCUUGGUGGCAAUAGUAACCCCAACACUCCUCAGCCUGCAGUGGGCAGUCGUGUUGAGGGGGAAGGAGAGGCCUCAACCAGUGAUAGCCCCCCGAGUUCCACCACCACGACUGUUUCGGCUGCCACAGCCCAGAUUGUAGCCCCUGCUGCCACAGGUGUGGCUGUGGCUAAUGCCACCGUGUCACUUCCAACUGCUGUUGUUGCAGCCAAAGAGAGACCCAAGCCCGCACAGCAGCAGACACAGCUGACACCCACUAUCCCUCCUCUGGCAGAGUACCAGCUCCGAGCCCCCCGUGUCAAUUGUCCAGAGAAAGUGAUCAUCUGUUUGGAUCUUUCUGAAGAAAUGUCUUUACCGAAGUUGGAGUCCUUUAAUGGCUCUAAAACCAAUGCCCUUAAUAUAUCUCAGAAGAUGAUCGAGAUGUUUGUCAGGACAAAACACAAAAUUGACAAGCGUCACGAGUUUGCUCUGGUUGUAGUCAAUGAUGACGCUCUUUGGUUGUCAGGUUUCACCUCUGACCCUAGGGAAUUAUGCAGUUGUCUGUAUGACCUGGAGACCAAUGUGUGCGAAUCCUUCAAUCUGGAGGAUCUUCUCAAUGUAAUUCGUCAGAAGAUUGAGCUGCCAAUGAUGGAGAAUGUUCAGACCAUUCCUCCUCCAUUUGUGGUGCGGACUACACUCAUCUACAACCGACAUGUUGGACAGCUGCAAUUCAACCCUUCAGAGGCUGUUAGUAAAAUGUUGCAGUCGCCAUACUUUUUCUUUGAUGUGGUCUACCUCCACAACGGGGCAGAGGACCAGGGGGAUGAGAGCAGCUGGAGGGAUAACUACACGUCUUUCUGCAACCUGGAUUCCAAGGGCAUGUGCUACCACUAUGAAGUAUCAUUGAGUGGACCUGCCAUUGAGCUGCACAACUGUAUGGCUAAACUUUUGUCCCACCCUUUGCAAAGGCCCUUCCAGAGCCAUGCAUCUUACAGCCUAUUGGAAGGGGAUGACCCACAGGACAUUGAGGCUACUGUUUAAAACAGGGCUCUCACAUGUGGCUCACCUAAGUUUCAUUGGAAAUUCACAUUCUGUACACUCUGCAGUUCUGUCAACAAAGGACUGGGGUUUCCCAAAUCAAGCAUGCCCCCUGAGUUUUUCUCAUUAACUCAA